AUGAAUAAUAGUCAAUAUGCUUUUGUGGUCAUGUCCGGUGACACAAUAUGUGUUACAAAAGGUUUUGUAACCGAAGUUUGCACUGAAAUAUACCUUCGAAGUUCCACAAAACUACUGACAAUACAAAUUGAUGGAACUAUUAACGGUGGAAAUAGUGGUGGCCCUGUUAUUACGGGAAACAAAGUCCUUGGUGUAGCAUUACAAAGUUGUAAAAGUGGGAAAAGAAUUGGGACUCACGGUGAUGUAAUCCCAACUCCAAUAAUUAGACAUUUCAUAGCUAGUAGUGCAGAAGAAAGCUCUCAAAACGCCAUUUUUGGCUCACUAAUUCUAUCAUAUCAAUCUCUCGAAAAUGAUCACAUCCGUGAUCAUUUUAAGAUGAGUCCGGAAAUGACAGGAGUUCUUAUAAACAAAAUAAACUCGUCGUCCGGGGCUUACAAAAUUCUGAGAAAGAAUGACAUCAUUCUCGCAAUUGAUGGUGUUCCAAUAGGACUUGAUGGGAAAGGUAAAGAACGAAUAAGUUUCAAUCAUUUGAUCUCUAUGAAGAAACCAUAUGAAAAAAUCUUAGUAAAGGUUUUGAGGAAGGGAAAAGAGCAUGAGUACAAUAUCAGUCUAAAGCCGGUGAAACCACACAUUUCAGUGCAACAAUAUUAUAACAUUCCAAGUUAUUACAUAUUCGGUGGUUUUGUUUUUGUGCCUCUCACUAAAUUGUACAUCGAUGAUUUGAGCUAUAUGUGUGGAUGUGUAUUACAUGAUCAGUACGAAUUUACCGAUGAGCAGCAUGUCAUAAUAUCUCAGGUAAUGUCACAUGACAUUAACCAAGGAUACAGUGAUCUCGAAGAUUUACAGGUGAAAAAAGUUAAUGGAGUGAAAGUAAAGAAUUUGAAACACUUGUGUGAACUAAUAGAAGGAUGUUGUAGAAAAAAUCUGAGGCUGGACUUGGAAGAUGACAAAGUUAUAGUCCUCAACUAUAAAUCUGCUAAAAAGGCAACAUUUGAGAUCUUGGAACGUCACAAUAUAAAGUCGGCUUGGGCCAUUGAGUGA